AUGGAGCGCGUUCCACUAAAGCGAAACUCCAAGGGUCCCGGGCUUCGACUAUCGUGGCCAAAGGCCAGCGAUGGUAGACGCGCUAUUGUUGGGAAGCCACAGUCGUUUGCACCGUCGCAUGGGAGAGGGACCCGCUAUUCCUCUGAAGUAGGCAUGGUUCACGUGUCACAUGGGGAUGUUGAGAUGCACUAUCAGUUCGCAAGUUCGGUACCAAGUGGAUCCGCUCGGCCACACCUACACAUACCCAUGGCAUGGAAUCCGUCAAAAGUGGAGGUUGAAGACAAAGACUUGCUUCAGUACUUCCAAAGUGUCGCUUCGCAAUCUCUUGCUACUUUUGGCCAUGACCCUACGGAUUUGGGCAAGGUACUCAUCCGGAUUGCUCUGGCCAGUAAUACGACCUCUGCUACAGCAGUGCUCCAUUCGCUGCUCGCCUUUUCUUCGCUGCAUCGCCAUGAUGUUCACUCGCAGGCGGCGGAGCUGAAGAUCUCUGCCAUCAAAGCUAUGGCAGCUGCAUCAGGGAGUCGUCCUGGCAUUACGGAAGCAAUCCAGCAUGUUGCUGCGGGGAUGCUGUUGUGUUCUUUCGAGAUUCACCAGUCAUCUUGCACCUCAAGCCAAUGGACGUGGUAUCUUUGUGGUGUCAAAUGCAUGAUCAAGUCUGCCGGCCUCGACAAAAUCCGCGAGGAUAGUGAUUUGGCGGCCUUGUUGGACUGGGUUUACUAUCACGAUGUAUUAGCACGCUUCACUUUACGGCACUGGCACAGAGAAGGCACGGUAGUUACAUCGACUCCAAGUAUCCGUGCAGAGGCCUCCCAUGCGGCACCGCCCGCCUUGGCUACUAUAGAGCUGCUGUCGGAAGUCUGCGAUGCAGUAUCUGCAAGGCCGCCAGCUACAAAGCCUGCUGAAGAUUUGAAUGACUACAGAAGCUACUUGAAAAUACUCGACUGGAGGAUUAGAAGCCUUCCACUGGCGGCCACGGUCGACAAUAAUGCAGAUACGCCAUUGAUUAUGGAGCUGUAUCAGCUGGCUAUGCUAGUUUACCUCAAUCGCGCGUCCGAGAAUUCGCUCAAACAAGCAACUAGGACACAGCAGCAGAUUGAUAAGGCCUUUACUAUAUUUUCCCAGUUGGGUUCUUGUGACCGGCAGUUUCCUGUCUUCAUCUUGGGUUGCGAGGCUCGGAGGGACGAUCAACGGGCAGUGGUCCUCGAUCUCAUCUCCAGGACUGAAAAGAAUGUUUCCUCCCGGUCGUUCAAUUAUGUUAAGAUAUUGAUGCAGGCGAUUUGGGCCCAAGAUGAUCUUGCUGAUCGGGAUAUUAAUUACUGGGACAAAUUAAGCUAUGUAAUCAGCUGCUGCUCAAUUGUACCUACCUUUGUCUAG